AUGUCCAGGCCAUCUAAAAAACAUAUAAUCUCUCCUGAUGCCUAUAGCACCUGCAAAAGAUCUAAAUCAGUCACUAAAGCGAGUAAUGUGAAACCUUAUAAACACACUGAUCAGUCUGCAUCCUACUCUGAUCUUCCCUCACCCACACUAAACGUGCACCGUUUACUUGGACAAGACAUAUCACUACCUUGCAUCUCGCUUGUCGAUAUAAAUAAGAGCAGUCACAAACCGUUAGAGUCGACAUCAUUUGUCAGUCCAAACAAAAGCACCACAUGUUGUGAGCAGUAUUUAGACAGUGCUGUUGACCCCAAACACCCAGCAAUCUCACAAUCGGUCAUCCUGAAUAGCGGCCCACGGAGUACAUGUAAGCCUGCCUACAAUAGCCAGCCCGAUGAUGUAGAUCUUGACUACUCACCCAGACAUAUACCCCAGACACAUCCCCCAACCAAGUGUGCACAAAGUGACCAUCCGCUAGACACAUGCAACAGGCCUGUAUGUAACCAUAUCGACCUUAAAAACUUUGAUAUAAACUCCAAUAAUCUCACCACUGGUGGACCUAAAAGCAGCAAAACAGAACUUAGCCUCACCCAAACUAUUCAAGACCUAUUACCGUACAAAUAUUUAAUCAGUGUUCCAGAAAAUCCCGAUCUGGAAAUUAUAAAAAACACUGAAAAAGUAAUUGACCAUAUAUCAUCUGAAGUGUUGAAAAGACUUCAGUGUAUGCAGAAUGUCAUUGUGUAUAAUAUACCUGAUAGUACGAACAUAAAAAUCGCUAAAAAUACUCUACUACAAGAAUGUGGAUUGUCGCAAUCUUGGUGUGUAACAAGAAGAUUACGUAAAGCACACACUAAAGCCUCCUGUCCCAUUCUAUUUCAGUUUGGUAGCACCACUGAAGAUAAUCACCUCAUCAAUAGUCAGUCAUUACUGAGGCGUAUUCCAACAUUUAAAAAGAUUAGGAUCAUUCAUGACAGGACCGCUAUCCAGCGUCGAAUCUGCAAUGGAACACAAACUGAUCAACCCAGCUUACGUAGCCGCGGCAGUUACAGCUCUUGUCACUGCACAAACCCUAAAAUAUCAUACACUGCCCCCCCAAAAAAUGGAGGCACGUCGGACACUGCUAUUAGACCUAAGGACAAGACCGCACAUAAAGCAGCUGCAACCACUCACCCUCAGCCCAAACACUCAGCUACCCCGAAAUGCCAAACCACUUAUGCCUCAAUAGCGUCCAAGUAUUACCCUAGCGGCCCCUAUAAAAUGCCUAAAAAUGAUCCUCCCAGGAAUUGCGCUAACAGCUACAGACUCUCAGACACCGCUGUACGAAAUAAUACCAAACUCUCCGUAAAAACCCACCAAUACUCCAGCACCCCUAACCCAAAACAUGCACCUUCUCAUAGCAAUAGAAUGCCCUACAACAAACAUAGUGAAGUGGCAACACCCACACGUGAUACCCAUAAGUCAUAUGGUGUCAACCUUGUAAGCCCCAUGAACCAACACAAAACUAUACACAACAGAAACACCUCUCCUGGCAACAAUAACGAGCAUUCCUCCAUUCCUUACCAGAAACAUACAACCUCCCCAACUAACCACAAUAGGACUAAAAUUGCCCACCGCACACGAGGAAGCCAUAACGUUGGCCUACUUGGGAACCCACCUACUGAUUCUAGGUACUAUCUAAGUCAAGCCACCCAAUACAACGGUUUAGUCCCCCCUAAUUCGACAUACACACUAUCUCAUCCUUUUUUAUCUCUCUCCCCCUCAACAUUACUGCUAUGGGGUCUCCAAAUGUUGAGGGCGACAAUCCCACUAUUCUGA